ACCAGACCAAAUUAUUGGAAUACUAUUUUAAGAUUAUUUGACUAGGAGUGCUUCCACCUCCUGCGGCCUUGAUUGUCUCAGUCUGUCUGUCUGUCUGUCUGUCUGUCUUGCUAUUGCUGCUGGACUUCUCCUCCUGCUGCUGUUCCAUAAAGACGAAAACAAACACUAAUCCGUUUGUGUUGUAUCGAUUCUGAUGCACUACCCAAACCCAACUGCAGUGAAGCUCCGGAGGUGAGAUAGGCAGACAGAUUCCGGUACGCACAAGCUCAAGUUCUAGUGUUCAACCUUUGUCCGAAUGGGAUGCAUUACUUCAAAAGUCAUAACUAAGUCAAUGAGUUUUCAUAAAGAGAUGAGCCAGAGCUUGCCCAGGACGACGGAUGGCAUUCCUGGGGUAGAAGAUCGAUAUAACUCCAGCCACAUUCCAGAUCUCUACCCUUCAAGUACAGAGACCAUCAAUGCAUGGGAGUUGGUUGCGGGCCUUGAACAACACCGGGUAAAUCAAGAAGGAAACCACAAAGAUCUGUCACUACCAUCAUCAUCCUUGGUAGAGAAAAAACGUGGUAUCUACAAAGCUAAACGGUCUAAAAGCUCUCAGUGGUUACCAGAGAAUGAAAUUCCACCCCGAGUUCCUAGAGAUUUCGACAGGCUUGAUGGACUGGAAUUCAAAUGGGGGACUAAGGGUGUUGUACGUGCUAGAAGCUUUCAUACGGUUAAGGAAUAUGAUGCAAUGGUGGAAGCCAUUCACCUGGCCGGGGAACCAAAAAAUGGGUUCGGUAAUGAGCAUGAUUCAGGAGCCGAAAUGCAACUACCACAUUCUAAAUGGUCCUCCAAGAAACCUCACCGCCUUGAUUACUAUCCCUCGACUACCCAUGAUGCUACGAUAUCAUUGUCAAGGGAUGAAGAAUCAGUUAGAGAGAAUUCCACAACCGAUGAGAGGGGCACCCCAAUAACUGUAGGACCAGGAACUAGAGAAAUGCUUCCGAGUCUAACUGAUUCCAUCUCAGCCGAGAAAUCACAAACGUUUGAGGACGCUGCUCAUGAAGGUAGUAGUAGUAUCUCUGGUAAAGGCUUGAAAAGAAAGGCUAUUGGCAAGGGGCUUAAUUCAAUCCUAGUUCCAUCCACCACUGAAUUCCCUAGUGUUGCAAAUCUGAGGGAGUGGCUUUAUCAAGGGGGCCAAGUUUACUCCCCUGGAGCCUAUGUCACUCCUAAAUUUGGCAGCUAUAACAUAUCGAAACCCAGGCCGAGAAAAGAACGCAGUGAGGAGUCCAUCUUUGACCCGAACCUGGUGGCUGCCUUUGAAGAGUGUAUGCAACAACUGGAAGCAGAAGAAGACACUGUUCUCAGAGGAAUUGAACAGGUUCUGGAGAAAGAUCACGCCAAUGAUACUGAAGCCGAAGAGGAGAGUUCAUCCAACAACGAUAAGGGUGAUAACAUGAAGAUGAACAGGAAUAGGAGCUAGCCGACCUCUCUACUCAUUUUUUUCCGAGUAGGUAUUGUUGGUUCCGGUAAUUAUCAACGAAACAGGAGUAGUUGUUUCGAAAAGUGGUACCAACCAUGUUUUCACAUUGCGAGUUAGCCAAUGUAGAAGUAGAUCUUCUGACCCGAAGUCCUGUUUCACCAAAGCCUAAGAAAGGAAAAGGCACGCCUAUAAGUUUUUGCAUAGAGCUACAAUGUCUAUCCCUCCCAAGCAAAUACUCCAACUCUUUGCUUAGAGCUACAAUGUCUAUCCCUCCCAAGUCCUAACUCUUCUUCAACUGAUAGAUUGCUCUCCACAAGAAAGUAAUGGAAUUUUUUUGUGCUUUCUCACUACCUUGCUCAAAUGAAAAAAGGAAAAGUGGUUUGUGUUA